AUGCCCAUCAUUCAUGGCCAAGCCCAGCACCAGGGCGCAGACGGCUGCGGGCCCGCGGGCCAGUUCGGCUGGGAUGCCGCCAGGAGCAGGGAGCUCUUUAACUGUAUCUCCAACCACCGACUCGAAAGCAUCAUCAACACAUUUCUAUAUUUUUAUGCAGAUUCCUUUCGCAACAAAAACGACACCAGGCACCUCUCAGAGUCGUGCCGGGAAGAUUCCACGUGUCAUAAUUUUGCAGAAGACAGCCGCCGUUGCUCAGACACGGAUCGAUGUGACGAUGGGACAGACCCUUGCUUCUCCAACCCCUGUCAGGGACAUGCCACCUGUGUGACCCCCUCACCCGGGGAACGCAGCUUCCUGUGCCAAUGUCCUCCCGGGUAGGGUGGGGCCACCUGCAAAACUGCCGUCGGUCCCUGUGGUCAGCUCUGCCACCAGGACCCUGUCCGCCCUGUGUGCGUCUGCCCCUUGGGCCGUUCCGGAAGGUUCUGGGAGCUGGAUGGCGACCCCCGUGGGGCUGUGUCCCAGGAUGCGGUCGCCGGCUGCUCCUGCUUCUGCGUCCCCAGCCAAGGCAGGCGCUGCGACCAGCAAGUGGAUGACCGCGCCCCAGAUCCGCAGGACAGGGCCGCGUGCCCGGAUGAGAUCAGAACAGAUACCUGUGUUUGUCCCCGAGGUUACUCUAACUACGGCUGCACCUGCACAAGUAGUGGCUUCACAGGGACCUGCUGGGAGACCUCGGUGCCUCCAUGCCGGUCACAGCCCGGUCACAAUAACACUACCUGUGAGGACAGCGCUGGCAGUUACACUUGUCACAGCUGGCCUGGAGACAGGGGCGCCCAGUGUGAGACCGGCAUCGACGAAUGCGACAGCGACCCCUGCUGGCCUGGCGGGGAGUGUGCGCCGCUGUCCCGGGGGACACACUGCGGACGCCUCCCCCCCUCGGCCGCCCUCAUUCGGCUGCCCCAGGCUGCAGUGGCCAAGCAGCGAAUCGUGUUACAAACGCAGGCGGCCCCUGACCUUGACACCUGCGGGAGACACACCAGAUUGCCCUCAGCAGGCUGUGGGAAUGAGAAGACCGACCUCACCUGCUACAACCGAGGCAACCGCAGGGAGCUCCAGGGUCAACGGCAAUGCGUGUGCCGCCGGGUUCCACCCGGAGGGGUGAGCGUCCGCAGAGCCUGA